UAAAAUGGCCGUUAGCGGGAGUUUUGCUUUUAGUAGUGAGGAAAGCGAAGGCGAAAUAUUUGAGGUGGGAAAAAUACUUGACACGAGAUUAGUGAAAGGCCGCAGGCAGUACCUGGUCAGAUGGAAAGGGUUUGGGGAGAAAGAGGACUCGUGGGAGCCGACGAGGAACAUGCGACAAUGUGGCGUCCUCAUCAAGGCGUUCAUGGAGGAGUACGAGAACCAACAGCCGUACAACAGAAGGCAACAGAGGUCAAGGUCAAGAUCCCGGUCACGUCAGCCGGGGACUGCGCAGGUUGCAGCGAAGGAGAAGAAGGUUAAUGUGCCUAAGGAAACCUCUGCUUCCACAGCCAAGCAGCUGUUGACAACCAAAAAGGAUCUGCGACCUUCAUCGGCAGUAACUGUAAAAUCCACGGCACCACCAAAGAAGAGUGCAGUGUCAGCAUCCCAUCACAGAGCCGAGGGACAUUCGCGUCUCAUCGACAUCUCAGAUUCCGAUAUGGAAGCUGUGGCCAAGGACAUCCUUCAGCAGUCAUUCAAAGGUCAGAAGAUUGACCUUAAGGAGCUUGUGCAGAAGCGCGGCAAGGCAAAGGGGAAGUUUCAGGCGACGACUGCAGCGUUGCCAGCUCCAGCCCCAGCCCCAGCCCCCGCACAGCCGCAAUACCUCAGCCUUGGACUACGAGAAGCGCUACUCGUCAUAGUACUCGCUGCUGCAGUUUACGCACUCCUCAGCAUCCUCUAUACACUCGACUGGUCACAGAUGAAGAUGCCAGAGCCAGAUGCCAGAUCUUCUGAAGCCUAACGCCUCCAG